GUCCGCGAUCAGCCAUUUUUAAAAGGACCAUUCAGUGGCCGAUCGACUGUCGCCGUGCGCGGUCUGAUUGUACCUCUAAAUUAAACCCUAAUAAAAAAUAGCUAAUAAAAAAAAAAUCGCAAUAUUAAAAAUAAUAUAAAUUAUAAAAUUCCAUAAUAUCAAACCCACAAAUAAUAGUGAAAAAAUAAAAACAAGUUUCGGAGUAAAUUUUUGACCCUGAACUUAGUAUCGAAUAUUUAGUAUUUUUUUUUUUUUUCUUUCAGUGUAUUGUGUGUGUGUGUUUGUGAAAAGUCACAUUGUAUUAAAAAUUAAAUGGGCGUAAUUUGGAUAACUAAAACUACAUAUUAUUAUAAAUAAUUUAUUUAAAAAUGUACACAAAUACAUGGAGCAUUGAAAAAUAAAAAUUAAAAAUAAAAAAUAAUUUAAAGACGCCAUACACAAUAUUGUUAGUUACUGACUGAUUCCCCUCUUCUCCCCACUAUUUUUAUUUUUUUUUUUUCCUGUGAUCAUAUACUGGAAGCCGGAUUAAAAUUAAAUAAAUAAAAUUCAGUCAUUAUUUUUCAUUGACUUUGUACAGUUGGUGUUGAGUGUAAUUUAAAAAAUAAAAUUUAUUGAAUAUUAUUUGAGUUAAUUUUUGAUAUAUAUUCAAAUUGACAUAAAUAUGUCAGGUAUAACACAAAUGUCCAGUGGCUUGUCCAAAUUAAAAAAAAAACAUUUUCGUGUUAAGCAUCAAAAGGUCAAGCUUUUUCGUGCCAAUGAACCACUUCUCAGUGUUUUCAUGUGGGGUGUCAAUCACACGAUAAAUGAGCUUAGUCAUGUCAACAUUCCUGUCAUGCUUCUGCCAGAUGAUUUUAGGGCUUAUUCAAAGCUUAAAGUUGACAAUCAUCUUUUCAACAAGGAAAAUAUGCCAUCGCAUUUUAAAAUAAAAGAAUAUUGUCCACUUGUAUUUCGUAAUCUUCGUGAAAGAUUUGGCAUCGAUGAUUUGGACUACAAAGAAUCAAUGACAAGAUCACAACCAAUUUUGGAUGAUUCAUCUGGUAAAAGUGGAGCAAAAUUUUAUCAAUCAGAUGAUAAAUUAUUUAUAAUAAAAACACUAACAAGUGAAGAAGUUGAAAGAAUGCAUUCAUUUUUAAAACAUUAUCAUCCAUAUAUUGUUGAAAGACAUGGAAAAACAUUACUUCCUCAAUAUUUAGGAAUGUAUAGAUUAACUGUUGAUGGUGUUGAACAUUAUGUUGUUGCAAUAAGAAAUGUAUUUUCAAAUCAUUUAACGACACAUAAAAAAUUUGAUUUAAAAGGUUCAACAGUUGAUAGAGAAGCAUCAGAUAAAGAAAAAGAAAAAGAUUUACCAACAUAUAAAGAUAAUGAUUUUGUUAAAGAUGGAAUGAAAAUAUUUAUUGGUGAUGAAGCUAAAACAAAAUUAAUUGAAACACUAAGUGCUGAUGUUGAUUUUUUAACAAGAUUACAUUUAAUGGAUUAUUCAUUAUUACUUGGUCUUCAUGAUUGUGCAAGAGCUGAACAAGAAAAUCGUGAACGUGCUGAAAGAGGUGAAAAUGAUGAUAAUCAUGAUGAUGAAGAUGAUAGUGAAUCAGGAAGUGGUAUUGAUUCAAGAGUAGGUGGAGGAACUGGAACAGAUCGUUUAUGGGGAUGGAGUGGUGUUAGUGGAAUUGGUGGUGUUACUGGUUCAACAACACCACCAGAAUCACCACAUGCUGCACUUAUGAGAGAAACAAGUCUUCAAUAUGAAGAUGCUAUUAUUCCAGAGCUUGAUAUUUAUGCUAUUCCAAGUAGUGAAGGUGCACCAAACAAGGAAAUAUAUUUUCUUGCAAUAAUUGAUGUUUUAACGCAUUAUGGUGUACGUAAACAAGCAGCAAAAGCAGCAAAAACAGUCAAGUAUGGAUCAAAUGUCGAUGGAAUAUCAACAUGUGAUCCAGAUCAAUAUGGUAAACGUUUUAUUGAAUUUAUGAGUAAAGCUAUUGAAUAAAUUUUAAUCAAUACUUGUCUCUAUUUGUUUGAUAAUAUAUUCACAUUUUGCUGAUGAGUGACAUAUUGAUGCAUUUUAUGAGGUUUAUUUCAAUUAUAUAUUUCCUCAAAGAUCAAUGAGUUGUUCAUUUUAGUCGUGAUUUAAUUUAUACUACUAUUCUCUAUACCUUCUAUUCUAUAUUCAAUUCAAUUGUAUUUUUUUUUUUUUUCCACUUACACAGAGUAUCUGACACUCGAAAUUAAUAAUUCCUUAAAAUUAAUUUUUUUAUUUAUUUUCUUAUCACGAUGUAGACUGUAUCCGACUUUAAAUGAAUAAUUAAAAUGCUUAAAUAUUUUUUCUAUAAAUUGUCACAUAAAAAUAUAAAAAUUUAGAAAAAAAAAUAAAAAAAUGUUGAAAAGCAGAAACUUAAUAUAACAAAAAAAAAGAAAAAAAAAAAAAAAAGAUAUAUAUUUUACAAAGAUUUAACCAAUUUUUUAUCUAGUCCUCAGCUAUUAUUUUUUUUUUUUUUCAUUUCAUACGAUACUUUUUUUUUCACAUUGCCAAUUAAUUUAAAUCUUGAUUAAAAAAUUACUUUAGUUAAUUAUACAUUGAUAAUCAAUACUUUUUCAUAAUAAAUAAUUUUUUUUUUUUUCGAAUAUUGUUUGUUCAAUAGAAUUUUGCUCGAAAAAAAAAAAAAAAAAAAAGCGCUCAACUCUCUUUUGCGUCCUAUGCUAAGAUUUAUUAAUAAUAAAAAAAAAAAUGGAAUUGUUUUUUCUUUUUUCUUACUUGUAAAAAUUAAUAAUUAAAAUUAAAAAUAAAAAAAAAUAAUUGUCUGUAUCCACUCACACGAGAAAUAAAAAAAAUAAAAAAAAAAUAAAUUCUUCACUUAAAAAUAAAUUUCACAAUAACAUUGUUAAAAAUAAAUUUAAAAAAACUUAUCAAAGAAUAAAAAAAACCUAAUAUUAAAAUAAAUCAAAUAACAAAUCUGGAUAUCUGUUGAUUAAAUGUUUAUGUAUUCAGUAUUUUACAAAACUCGUAACAAUUAUUUCAAGCAAAAAAAAAAAAUAUGAAAAAUGAGAUUCUGUUAAUAUUAAAAAAGAUGUUCAAAUAAACGCUAAUAAUGUGUUUAUAAAUAAUAAUAAUAAACUAAUAGUGAUAAUGAUAAAACACAUAGUAAUAAUAGUAAAGAGAAAAUGGAGAAAUAAUUUCAUGUUUACUGUUGUGAAUAAAAAUAAAAAAAAAAAAAAAAAAAACAUUAAAAAAAAGUUGUUGCUUAAUCAAGCAUUACAAAUAUAUAUGAAAAAAAAAAAAAAACAAAU